AGGUUUAGGACGGAAUCUGCGUCCGUGCGUUCGGGGCUCUCUGUAUUCAAAGUACUUGCUAAUUGGGGAAAGUGGGGGAAACUCCACCGAGUGUUAACGCCAUGGACGGGGGAGCCGAUCGAAAGAGAGCUGUGAUGACGGGUAUUUCGUACGCCAUUGACAAAGAAGCAGCUGGAGACGAUCAGGAGGCGUUCCAGCGCUACCUGCAGAGCGUGCAGAACAUCUGCGCGCUGCUGGCCGCCGGUGUCGCGUCCGGCGCCGACGUCGCCCAGAUGAUCGCCCUGGCCAGGCAGUGUCUGGACCGCGUGCAGCACAUGGCAGACGCGCUCGGGGGAAACGCGGCCAUCGCCAGAACAGCGCCGCUGGAGGAGGAGGAGGCGCUGCAGGGGCGAGAGCAGCGGCUGCCUGGCCCGCUCGGCAACGGCGGACUCGACGCCGAGUCAGCCUGGAGCACGUACCGGGCCGCCUCGCUCUGCGAGCCCUCGGCGCCGGCGCUGUGCAGCGACACCGAGUCGGACUCGGUCGAGGACAACUGUUCGGCGGCGCCGGGCCUCUACGGCGAAGCGGUCGACUCGGACGAGUGCCACUCGAUCGAGGACAACGCGCAGGUGCUCGCGUCCGGCGCCGAGGCGGGGCUGGAUGCUCCUUCCCAGCGGGACCCGUCUUCGGCGGAGAACGGCGAGCUCGACGGCGGCUACUUCGCAGCAGAUAUCGUACAUCAGCGCGUACCCAUCACGAGCCCAGUCGACGAGCUGGACCCGGCCGAGGAGCAGUCGCCGCUGGAGGCGGCCCGCCGCGAGAAUGAGCGCCUGCUGGCCACCUAUCCGGCCCGCAUACAGCGGAGUCCGCUGCACGUGCAGCACAACCUCAGGCUGGAGCUGCAGCGAAGGCUGACCGAGAACCGUCAGAUUGCUGUCAUGAAGCAACAAGCCUGGCUCAAGAGGCGGGACGAGGCCCGGCAGCACCACGUGCAGAUCGCCAAACGCGUGUUCAGCGUGGCGGAGGGCAGCGUGGCCACGCCGGAGGACCUGCAGAAGCAGACGGCGUUCGCGGACAUCCUGCAGUUUGAGCAGACGCGCGCCUGGACCAAGCAGCUGCACCACAGCCUGGACGAGGCACCGGACGACCCGCGGGCCGUCGAAAACGCCCUGCUGCACAUGUUCCUCGAGAAGUCGCACCCGCUCUCCAAGCUGCGCCAGCGGCUGCAGUACUCGCUCUUCUGCAAGAUCAACCCGCUGGUGGAGCAGCACGCCCACCUGCUGGAGACGGUGCAGGUGCCCCUGCGGGGCGCGGCGGCCGGCCGGCGCGCCGAUCCGGACUCGCGCCAGCAGGCGGACGCGGCGCGGCAGGUCCGGGAGACUCCCGGGCCGGGCAAGGAGGCCGCCGGCGACGGUGACGCCGCGCGACGCGUGCCGAAAGGUCACCCGGAGGAGGCGCCGGAGCGGGCGAGCCGUGCUAGCGAACUCCCUGGAGGCGGGGAGGAGGCGGCGUCGGGACGGACCGAGGCCGACACGCUGCUCUGGCCGUCGCUGCCCGCACUAGACGACAGCGACGAGUGUCCGCAGCAAACCGAGGCCUUUCGUCGACACCUGUGGAACGUCGUGUCCGAGACGCAGGAGGGUGUGCGGCUGCUGGUGGCGCUGGCGGCUGCUGUGCACCCGGCGCUGGCGCCGCCGCUCAGCCGGCCGGUCGUGCAGCGGCUGCUGUUCACGCCGCUCUGGCCGCACCUGCUCGUGCUGUUGCGGCUGGCCCACCUGCCGCAGGAGCGGCGGUGCUGUGCAGCACGCCCGACGGGCCGGAUGCUCUCCGAGAUGCACUUCAUCUCCGAGUUCACGGCCGACGGCGAGCUGCAGGGCGACCAGAGCUACUGCCUGACCUCGCUGCAAACGGUGCUGCUGUACCUGUCCGAGCAGUAG